UGCAAUCUAAACCUCAGGCUUAUUUCUCGUGUUAAACGCAUGUUUUAUUUUAUCUUAAUUGUGCAGGAUUUUAACGCGUACGGAUCAACCUACAUUUUGAAGUGCCAGCGCGUGUGACACGUUACAAAAGUGGACAAUAUUUCGCACACUUCCCCAAUAGCAAGAACAAAGAACAUUUUAUUUUGCGAAUAAAUUUAGCACUUAGCCGACGCACCAGCCUGUUGAUCUACACGUGUCGUGUACAUACGUGAAACCGAGAGGAUGCGAGCGUUCGACGCGCGCGUAUAAUAAAAAUCGAAUGCAAAAAUGAUUAAAAGGAACGGUGAUAAUGUAUUUGCGAUCGCGUCGAGCAACAAUCAGUGUCAGAGCCCGAGGAGCGCUGUCUCGCUCUGCCCUGCCGGCGCGGCCACGAGGAUUCCGCGAGCCACUACCGUCAGGAUGACGCCGCCUGACGCGCAGCAAAACACCAAGGAGGCCAGCAUAGCACUUUCAAUAUACGUGGAAAAAUGGAAAAAUAAAUAUGAAGAAUCCGAGAGGAAACACAAGUCAAAUCUCCUCAAAUCAGAAAAAGCAAAACGUGAAUAUGACGACCUCCAACGAAGGUACAACAUCACAUUCGAGGAGCGUAACCAUCUCGAGUCUGAACUGCGGGAGAGAGAAAGGGAGCUGAACAAACUGCGCAAUGUAUCUGAGAAACUUUUCAAAGAAUACCAACAGUUGAAGAACCAGCAUGAGGUCGACGCGGGGGUCAUGCAUAAGGUUAUGCAGCAGGCUGGAGAAUGGUACAAACAGAACAAACAGCUGAAGAGACGUAGCACGGCCAUACUACAAGCACUGCCGGCGAAGGCUGUUGAAAUUGACCUCACUGACUCCUCUGAAGCUGACGCAGCUUCAGACAGCAGCGCCAAUGAGGAGGUGGAAUUCCUGAAGCAGACUGUCUCCGAGCUCAGCCGGCAGGUGGCUGAGUUGCAGACUGAGCUGAACUCUGUCAAACUGCAGGAGUUCGAGGCUCAGGAGCUCAACGUGGCUUUAGGACAGGAACUCGAAGCGGAGAAAGAGAGAUGUUCAGCGCAAGAGAGGGAGUUGGAGGAGUUGAGGGUUCAGAUGGAGAGGCAUAACCGCGUGUCCAAGAUGCUCAUGGAGGAGGUCACGGCGCUGAAAGACAACGCCGACAGAGACAGGGAGAUGGCCGAGACUUACAAAUCGGAAGCCAGAGACGCCAAGAAGCGCGUGCGCGUGCUCACCCACCAGAGCACGCUGCUGCUGGAGGACCUGGAGCCGGGCGGGCGGCCGGCGCGGCUGCUGGCCGAGGUGGACAGCCUGAGGCUGGCGCUCGAGAGCCAGGCGCUGAGGCACGCCGACCAGCUGCAAGAGUUGCAGCUAAAACUAGCUGAAAAACACGAAGACACCGACAUUCUCCUCUGGGAGGAGAAGAUCCGCCUCGCUGAGGAGGACGCGAGGCGGGCGACGGAGAGGGCGGAGGCGGCCGAGGGGAGGCUGGCCGAGCUGGAGCUGGGCAGGCCGAGGAGGGGGAACCUCAUGUCCAGGAUACAUUACUUCGAGAACGGCGGAGAGGGGAAGAGAGAUGACAAGAUUGUAGAGGAAGCCCAACCGGCACCGACUCCCAAACCUCCCUCCCCUCCACCUACCCCUCCCCCAAGCAUCCCUCCCCCGCCCCCGCCCCCCAGCAGCGUCCCCCCGCCUCCCCCUCCCCCACCACCUCCUCCUCCUCCCCCGGCGGUGUUCGCGUCGUCGUGUGAGGAGGAUUUGAGCAAAAUGUUGGCGGGAAAACAAGGGACGCUGAAGAGAGCUAAACAACAGAGUGAAGCCGGCGGCGCAAUUGACGCCAUUGUGGAUCAGAUAAAAGGCGGUAAAUUCCAACUGAAGUCCCGCGAGCAAACCCUGGAGAAGAAGCCUAAAGAGGAGCAGCCGGAGGCCGUGAAGGAAAUGCUGGCGAUCCUCGGCACCCUCAGGAAGAGGAGGACCAGCGUCAGAGUGGGGGAAUCUUGACUUUAGGGUGAAUAUGAACAGGUUUCGUGGCCGUGUGGUUUAGGUCACCAAUAAAUAAAAUAAAAAAUAAGUGAUAUAUUUAUAGAUAUUUAUAAAUAAUCAUGCAAUAAAACCACAGGAUAGCUUGGACACGAAUCCAUAUAUUUUCAAGAUGCGCGCGCAUGGGACGCCGCGCCACAGAUAAACAAGAACAUAACAAGAAAGAGUUUGUAUAACAUUUCAAACUAUGUCGUUAAAGACAAUUAAGGGAUAGGCUUAUAAACUUUGGAUUUUUUAGGCGAUGGGCUAGCAACUUGUCACUAUUAUAUACAACCACACAUACAUAUAAUCACGUCUAUAUCCCUUACGAGGUAGACAGAGCCAACAGUAUUGAUAGGCCACGGUCAACUUUUUGGUUUGAU